GCUCUCUCCGUCAUGACGUUACCGGCGGCUGGCCAAUCAGCGUUGAGGAUCAGGGAGGGGCUGGUUUGUUGACAGGAAGUGUGUGAGAACUGAAAGCAGGAGGAAAACUGUUGACUUUUGCACUUCGAUAAGUCGCGACGUCGAAGUGAAUUAUGACUUUUAAGGCCGACAGCAGGCAAAGAUGCAAUGGAGGUCAAUAGUCGUGGGUCUUCUCGUUUUGAGGGUGCUGCUGAAUUGCGCGGUGUGGCUAGUAUUUGGACUGGGACCCAGCUGGGGCUUUGACUUCCCCAUCAAAUUCACGUUCAACUUACACAAGAUUGAACUUCUCAAGGAUGGCGACGGAGCCACCGUCAAAACUAACGCCUGGUCACAGCACAUGUACGAUAACAGAAACCCCCAAGCAAAUACCUGCUCCAAGAUUAGUGGGAAUUCACCGAAGAAGUCCUACCUCAGCUUCUUUCAGGAGGGCAGAGAUGAAUACGAAAGAAAGUACAGCUCCUUUCCUGACGCGCUGAAAGUGAAGAUGAGGGGAAUGGCGCGAGACAUGUUUUAUUUCGGAUAUGAUAACUACAUGAAAUUUGCCUUUCCAGAGGAUGAACUGAACCCUAUAGCUUGUGAAGGUCGAGGGCCUGACGUGCUCAACCCAUCAAAUAUCAACAUCAACGAUGUCCUUGGAAACUACUCUUUGACCCUCAUCGAUGCUCUUGAUACGCUUUUGAUUCUUGGAAAUGUGACAGAGUUCCAUCGAGCUGUUAGGCUUGUGAUUGACACUGUCUCUUUUGACAAGGACUCCACUGUUCAAGUCUUUGAAGCCAACAUUAGAAUUCUUGGCAGUUUGAUCUCGGCCCAUAUUCUGCUGACUGAUCCACGGAACCCAUUUGGGGACAUAGCACUGAAAGACUAUGAUAAUGAGCUGCUGCACAUGGCACAUGACCUGGCGGUUCGACUACUACCUGCCUUUGAGAACACUAGCACAGGCAUCCCCUAUCCCAGGGUGAAUUUAAAGAAAGGCGUCCCUCCUGACAGCAUUAAUGAGACCUGUACAGCAGGGGCGGGCUCUCUGCUCGUGGAGUUUGGCAUUCUGAGCCGUCUGAUUGGCGAUUCUACAUUUGAGUGGGUUGCCCGGCGGGCUGUUAAAGCUCUUUGGAACUUGAGAAGCAAUGAAACUGGGCUGUUGGGGAAUGUGGUGAACAUUCAGACUGGUCAGUGGGUGGGGAGGCAGAGCGGUCUUGGUGCCGGCAUGGACUCAUUCUAUGAGUACCUCCUCAAGUCCUACAUCUUGUUUGGAGAGAAAGAAGACAACAGGAUGUUCUCUGCAGCUUACGAGAGCAUUCAGAGCCACCUGAGAAGAGGAAGAGAGGCAUGUAAUGAAGGAGAGGGCGACCCACCACUUUAUGUGAAUGUAAACAUGUUUAAUGGACAGAUCAUGAACACAUGGAUUGACUCUCUGCAGGCAUUCUUCCCUGGACUGCAGGUUUUGAAUGGAGAUGUUGAAAAUGCCAUUUGCCUUCAUGCCUUCUACUAUGCAAUUUGGAAGCGUUUCGGCGCUCUUCCGGAAAGAUACAACUGGCAGCUUCAGGCCCCAGAUAUUCUCUUCUACCCUUUAAGACCAGAACUAGUAGAAUCCACAUACCUACUCUAUCAGGCAACCAAGAAUCCUUUUUAUCUUCAUGUUGGGAUGGACAUUCUUGAAAGCCUUGAAAAAAAUGCCAAAGUCAGGUGUGGUUAUGCCACUCUCCAUCAUGUGGUGGAUAAGUCCAAAGAAGAUCGCAUGGAAAGUUUCUUCCUCAGCGAAACGUGCAAAUACCUUUACCUGCUUUUUGAUGAAGACAACCCACUGCACAAGUCUGAGAGUAAGUACAUCUUCACUACAGAAGGCCACAUAGUGCCAGUAGAUCAGCGCUUCAGGGAGAAAAGUUGGGAAGACCAAUUCCCAUGUGAAGAGCCUAUCAACAAGCCCCCAGCCAACAUAAGCAACUGUGAAAGGAUUCCUGAAGAGCGACGUUACAGCCUUCCGCUAAAGAGCAUAUACAUGAGGCAAAUAGACCACAUGGUGGGGCUGUCCUGACAUCAGUACUGUCCCUGGACAUCUCAACACACAUAAACCCCCUGGAGGGGUUCAGUAACUCUCCAUUCAGAGAACUUUUCAGUCUCUUUUUGCACAUGAAGUGGCAAGAUAUUCAGUCAACAAAUCAACCAGUGCCAGUUGUUUUUUUUUUUUUCAUGAAAGUUGUCUUCUGUGGUCAUAUAUUGUCUAAAUUUGGACCAGGUGUUAGGGUUUGGCUACAUAUUAAGAUCCAGCCAGCAAAGGUCCACAGCAUAAAAAAAAACACAUUCAGGGCAGUUUGGCUCUUCAGAAUCCUAAAUCCAUUACAAAACUGCGUCUGAUUCUUUGGGCUGAUCGAUUUCUGUAUUGUGCAAUCAAGUGUGUUUUCACACACUGUUACAUGUUUUCUUCAGUGCCAUGUUUAAUGAAACUUGAUCUAGUAUUAUAAAGGGCUCUACUCGGUUGAGAUGAUAUGCAUGUUUCAGAUUUUCUUCUCAAGGAACAAACUCUCAAAUAAGCUUUAUAUUUCAAAAAGUUUUUUUUACACCUUUCAGGAACACACACAAUAGAUGGGCUUCAUUUCAUACAAAUCAAACUGCAUUCUGAAAAAAAAAUCACUUUGCAAUAUGACAUUCUUUGUUUUUUCACACUUUAUGCCUUGGUUUGCAAGGUGUAACCAUUUUGUUUUUCUGGUGUCAGUCUAUUGUGAUAAAAUCGGAAAGGUUUUGUUAUGUAGCGUACAUGUUUGAGGUGUGAAAUCUCCACUCACAAGUUAUUUUGACAGAGCAAACCUCAUAAUUUGGUACAUUUUACACAGUAGGUCGAGGAAGUGCUGUAGAUUCUCUCUCAAUAAGGUCUGGACAUCUAGUAAUUAGUCUCCACUCCUGUAUUUUGUAUGUAAACAAACAUGCAUAUUAACAAUGAAAUACAUCAAAAAUGUGACAUUUUUUGGACCAAAUAUUACAUUUAACAAAAAACAUGUGCCUUGAACAAAUCUCAUUUUUAUUUUUCUUCAGUCCUCAGGAUCAAUAGUAUGCCAUAAUGCAGUCACUCAGGUGAAAUGCAUGUGUUGUUAACACUUUUAAUGCUUGCGUGUUGGUGCAAAUGUUCUUUGAACAAAAGUCAGAAAUAAGGGAUUCUGAGAAUGAUCAGUAUGCUGAUAAGAGAAUAAAUAAUUUCCUUGAUAUAACAGAUUAUAAUUUCCUUGGGGCACAUACAGAGGAUACUCUCAGUGAAUAGGGGUUGAUAUUUAUUCAGAUUUGUUUUUAUCAGAUGCAAGUAUUCUAAUUAAAGUUGAUUAGAUUAAUGUUGA